CGUUCAGUCCCCUUGAACCGGCUUUCAAGUAAAGAUCGGCCGGUGUCUGGUGUGCGAGUUCAAUCUCCGAAUAUUGAACAUCGUAUCAAUCGAUCUAUAUCUUGAGUUAUUUAGCGCCUUGAGGAUGUCCAUUAUUUUGAAUCAGGCCGUUCUUUUAUCCGCCAAUUGUUCGUUCACGUCGUGUAAUAUUUUUACAAAGAUACAUUGGAAUUGGCUCAUACGAUCAUAGAUUGUUCGUAGUGUGUUGGGAAUUCUAAAUCACAAGAAACAAAUAAAAGUUGCUCUUAAAAAAGUUUUGAUCGUGAAAGAAAUCUUAAUAAAACAUUAAACAUAUAUAAAUAAAUAUAUAAACUUUUAUUAAUUUCGUUGUACGAAAUUAUUUACUAAUCAGUUUUGUGAGCAAAUCAGUUUUUAGAUUAGUAUUGAUUAUUAAUCCGGAUUUGUUAAAACAUUUUAAAGUGAUUGAUAUAAAAGUGAAUCAAAUUAAGUUCAUUUGGAUUAUUUGAAAAUUGAAAAAUGCCGGUGCCAACGUGGGAUUCUUCACACUUUAGUUUGCUGGACGAGCCGUUGGGCACAGUUGUGUCGGACGAUAUAUGGAAAAAGUUCGACUUAGACGCACCACUAUCUAUAGACGUCCACUACCAUGAACGUGCAUUUGAUGACUUUUUUACGGACAAUAAAAAAAAUUGCUUGGACUACCCAGAAAUUCGGCAUCAUGACUGCAUGUGGGCAGGUCUCUGCAUCAGCAAAGAGCACAACAAGACAUUGCCCACAAAAAAAGAUAAAAGUCAGAUACAUCGAAAAGUUGCAGCGGGUCGAAGUCUUCUGAUAUCUCGAGCAGUUUCAUCGCCUCAGCAACAGCAUCAGCAGCUACAACAUCCACGAAGAACAGACAGUUUAGAAAGUGAUGGUGACUCAACACGUCCGGAAACGCCCCAAAGCUGUUCCGAAUCAGAUUCAGAUAGUGAACGGGAACCACCAAUAUUUAAACAUGAACAGAUCAGCAUUAAUGAGAAAUUGUCAGAGUGUAUGUCAGUGAUCAAGGCAGUGCAUGUGAGCGAGGUCACUGGACAAUUUGUCAGAAGUGGGCAAAGAAAACUUGAAGCCAAUACGAAUUCUUUUGCUAAUGAGUAUGGCAGUUUAUCGAAUCGUUCCAAUGUUUCUCCUGCCAAACAGACGGAAAUCAGAAAUCCUCUUAAUGACCAUAGUUACCACAUACAUCAACCUAACAACAAAAGAAUGGAUUUCUUAGGUGUUCAAACGCCAUCAGAUUCCGAAGAAGAGAUUGAUGUAGUGUCGUUCGAGAAGCCCUGCAAGCCAGCAAUUCUUCCCACACUUCCGAGCUCAGCCGAUCAUAAGGUGAUACAAUCGAAAGUAAACAUAGUUUUAAAUGAAAAACCUGCACCUCGGCCGCGUGGUAGACCGCCAAAUGCAAGCCGUAAACGUCCAGCUCAAAGUCAAGCUCAACAGAGACCAGCGAAACGUGUAGCCGUGCAACGAACCUGUGCAAAAAAGGCCAAAACAUCAAAGCAAAAUUCACCAGCAUCGAUAUCGAUACCACCACCACCACCACCACUACCAAUCAAGAAUUUAUCAUCCUCAAGAAGUUCUUCUGAUGAUGAACCUGAUACAGACAAGAGAAAUCUUCACAAUAAUAUGGAGCGGCAAAGAAGAAUUGAAUUGAGGAAUGCAUUCGAUGACUUGAGACGUUUAGUGCCGGAAAUAGAAUCUAAAGAGAAAGCACCUAAAGUAGCGAUUUUGCGACAGGCCUCCAAGUACUGUGAUAAAAUGAAGGAAAUCGAAGCCGAGAACACUAUGAGAAUUAUUGAGUUGAAAAAACAACAAGAGAAACUAAGAGCACGAUUAAGUUUUCUGAGAAGAAGUUUAGCACUGACUCGUUGAAAUAAAAUUCAUUGAAAAUUCAAAAAAGAAAUAAAUUUUUUUUACUUACAACAAAAAUUAAAAAAAAAACAAAAAACAAAAUGAAACUAUGUCUCUUAAAAAUGCAUUUGUCGUUGAAAACAAUCUGGAUAAGAAAUUUAGGAUCGAUUAAAGUUGGACAAAUGAAAAUGAAUUAGUAGAUCCUUUGGAAAAGGAUUUUCUUGAAGUUUUUUGCAGGAAUAGCACCGGUUUUAGAGAAUUCUGCGAUUUGUGAGCUGACAACUUCGACUUGAAAAGCUGACAGUCGUUCAGACCGGUUUGUAGAAUUCGUUUUUUAAGACAUAACAGUGGUAUUGAAAAUUGCGCUCUGUUCGGAAUGUGCAUACCGAAUUUUUUUAACUCAGGGAUCCAAAGACUCUAUUAACAAAAGCGAGCUCGGAUCAACGUUUAAUUGGAUAUCAGAAACAAAUAAACAGACAUAAACAUAGAAAUAAACAACAACAUGAGUCACUUAGUAUACGGACAAUUGUCAGUGGCUUAGAAAAUAUUGUAAUAACAUCAUAAUUAGAUAUUUAGAUGCGUUUUUGCUUUAAUCAUUUUUAUCACCUUAACUAUUACAUCGGGUUCAUUGGUGAACUUCAAGUUAAUAAAUAGGGGUUGGCGCGCUUCAUUCAAUUAUAAAUAAUUACAUCAGUCUUCAAAUGAACGCCAUUCAUAUGUAAAUAGAUAUAUAAAUACAAAUAUAUAUAUUUUUUUCUA